UGAAGCGAGUCGUCGGUAUAACGCGAAGCAUACUGGAAAGACAACAUGAAGAAGUUAAUCUUUCUUUUAUUUUCAUUCGUGGCUGGGUUAAACUUGGUUCCUGGUAGAUCAGGUGCAACUUUCAACUCUACAGAUGGCCCAACACUCGAUCCUACUAUUGACCACACAACCGCUAACCGUACUGUCGACCCCAUUGUUGACCAGGUGCUUGACUCAAACGUUUCCGCUACUGCUGACCCUACGUUCGAGCCUGUUGUUUCCACAACUGCCAAUAUAACUGCUCCCACUACUAAGGCUACUAUUAAAGCUACUACGGAGGCUACAACUAAGGCUACUACUAACGCUACUACGGAGGCUACUACUGUGGCUGCUACGGAAGCUACUACUGUGGCUGCUACGGAAGCUACUAAGAAUCACACAAUGGAAGCCGUAAUGCCGACGGUAAAUCCUUGCUUGAAUGAGACGUGCUCCUAUAGGUCAGUUUGUGUACCAAACGGUAGUCUACCUAUGUGUCUUUGUCUCUCUGACUGUCCUGUCACGGUGAAACCCGUCUGUGGAACUGACGGCGUGACGUAUGAAAACGAGUGCCGCCUGAACGAAAAAGUCUGUAAACAACAAGUGAUUAUCGAUAUUGCUUCCAUUGGAGAAUGUCGUGCAACUUUCAACUUUACAGAUGCCCCAACACUCGAUCCUACUAUUGACCGCACGACCGCUAACCGUACUGUCGACCCCACUGUUGACCAGGUGCUUGUCUCAAACGUUUCCACUACUGCUGACCCUACGUCCGAGCCUGUUGUUUCCACAACUGCCAAUAUAACUGUUCCAAUAACCAAUGCUACUACGGAGGCUACAACGGAGGCUACAACUAGGCCUACUACUAACGCUACUACGGAGGCUACAACUAAGCCUACUAUUAACGCUACUACGGAGGCUACAACUAAGCCUAUUACUAACGCUACUACGGAGGCUGCAACUAAGCCUACUACUAACGCUACUACGGAGGCUACAACUAAGCCUACUACUAGCGCUACUACGGAGGCUACAACUAAGCCUACUACUAACGCUACUACGGAGGCUACAACUAAGCCUACUACUAAAGCUACUACGGAGGCUACAACUAAGCCUACUACUAACGCUACUACUAAGGCUACUACUGUGGCUACUACUAAAGCCACUACUAAGGCUACUACUAACGCUACUACUGUGGCUACUACAGAGGCUACUACUAAGGCUACAACUAAGCCUACUACUAACGCUACUACAGAGGCUACUACUCAGGCUACAACUAAGGCUACAACUAAGGCUACUACCAAGGCUACUACAGAGGCUACUACCUAUGCCCCUACCGUUGACUUAUGUGCUAAUGGCUAUGGUAUAUGUGGUUUCUACUCCAAAUGUCAAGUCAUUCGAGGUCAACCUGAAUGUGUUUGUCCAGAGUUGUGUCCGACUAUCUUCUCGCCAGUAUGUGGAUCUGAUGGAAAAACAUAUCAAAAUAAUUGUUCGUUAAAAAGAGAAGUCUGCGAAGAACAGGAAAUCAUCACUUUUGUAAAAAAUGGUCCAUGUUAUUCCCCGUGUGAUGCUGUGAAAUGUUGCUGUGGAGCGACUUGUAAAAGCGUAAACAACAUUGCAUGGUGUCAAUGUGACUUUACCUGUAGUUCAGUUUACAGUCCAGUCUGUGGUACAGACGGUAGAACAUACAACAAUAAAUGUGCAUUGAGACUUUCCGCAUGUCAAACACGGGAUCUGAGCCUGAGACUGGCUUCUUUCGGACCAUGUCCAACUGUCCCACGUACUUUUCCUUCUACUGUUCGCUCUAAUGAGUCCUCUACUGUUCCCACCACUUCCCCUCGCACCCUACCCCCUACCACCGCUCCUGAUCGUCUCGCUACGCUAUUUCCUCCUGUUAGUUUGUGUGGUAUUGGAAUGUGUGGUUUCUACUCCAAAUGUCAAGUCAUUCGAGGUCGACCUCAAUGUGUUUGUCCAGAGUUCUGUCCAGCCAUCUACUCGCCAGUGUGUGGAUCUGAUGGAAAAUCGUAUUUGAACAAAUGUUCGUUAAAGAGAGAAAGCUGCGAUGAACAGAAAAUAAUCACCAUUAAGAAAUAUGGACUAUGUGAUUCUACUUCUUGUGGUUGGAAAAAAUGUAAAUAUUUCUCCAAAUGCAAAAUCGUCCGAGAUAUGCCCAAGUGUGUGUGCCCAGAACGAUGUGAUGGUCUCAAGUUUCCAGUUUGCGCCUCAGACGGUAACACUUAUAAAAGUGUAUGCGAUUUUAAACGGGCAAGUUGCUUGGCUGGAAAAGCGAUGAAAAUUGUUCGAUUUGGAGCUUGUCAGCCAUUAGGACGAUGUCCGAUUCCCAAAAAUUGCAAUAAAAACUGUGAUCAUAAUAUUUGCGCUCAAAGUGGUAAACUUUGUUGUUGCGAUGGAUGUUCUCUCGUCUGUACCAACAAAGUGUGGAGUUUUCAAUUCCGUCGUUACUUGUGCCCCUCAGAUCCGUUGGGCUGCCGUAACAACGACGAUUGUACUGGCGGAAUGAUUUGCUGUAAUACUGGAUGUACAAAACGUUGUGUUGCACCCAGGCCAAAGCUGGUAUGCAUUCAUCAGUUUCAUUUGCAAAAGGCAAAUAUCGUACGAAGAAGACACUCAAUCUGCAUUUUACAUAUUUACGACGACAUGGCAAACAUCAAGUUUGUUUUUCUUUUAUUAUUGGCGACUGACUUUGUAACUUGCACUCGGGCGUUCGGAGUGUUUUCCAAAAUUCAUCGUUUGCGAUGUAUGUUCAAACGUUGUCCACCAAACACGAGAUGUAUUUUAGUUAACAAUACAGCCGCUUGCUCGUGUCCCAAGUCUUGUGAUAGGCGAUAUUCUCCAGUUUGUGGCAACAACUGGAAAACUUACAAUAACUACUGCCAACUAGUUGAACAGUCAUGCAAGGACAAAAGCAGAAGACUCAGAUUGUUAUACUACGGAACUUGUGCAGCCGGUAGUUGCAGGCGAACUCGUUGGAGUCAUAUGGUUUGCCCAUAUUACAGUGUUUGCCAAUUAAAUAACGGCCUGCCUCGCUGUGUGUGCCCUGCAUAUUGUACAGGCAUGUAUAAACCAGUUUGUGGCUCUGAUAGAAGGACGUACAGGAAUCUCUGUGAACUAAAAAGGAUUGCUUGCCAGAAAAGAAGGAUAGUUGUAGAGAAACACAAAGGAAAUUGUCGACCAGAUCCUUGCGCUAAAAAAGAAUGUUGCUGUGGUGGUGAAUGUCGCUUGAACGAGAAAAAUGAAGCCGUUUGUACCUGCAAUAUUUUCUGCAGAAUGGUGCAGGAAUUUCCAGUUUGUGGAUCGGAUGGGCGAACAUACGGGAGUGCUUGUAGCCUGCGCAGUGCAGCCUGCGCACGACAAGACCCAACGCUCAGAUCAGGAGUCGGAUGUUGGGCAACUAGAAAUACAACGAUCACUACCACGAUCACUACCACACCGAGUCCAUGUGAGAACAAAACGUGUGAUUUCUUCGCAAAAUGUGAGGUGAUAAAUGGUACAGCGACUUGUGUGUGUCCUUCUUCGUGUUCUUCAAACACUAGUGCUGUUUGUGGAUCAAAUGGUGUUACGUACAACAAUCGUUGUGAGUUGCAACGGGACAGCUGCAACAAACGGCAAACGAUUGGUGUGGUCAAGUUUGUACCAUGUUCUUGCCCCAUUCCCAGAAUUUGUCUUAUAUAUUGUGACGAGAAGGAGUGCGCGAAGAAUGGAGAGAUCUGUUGCUGUCGAGGAUGUGGAUUUGUUUGCACCAAGCCAAUUAAACGCUUUGGUCGUUCUGUUUGUCCCCCAACCAACGAUACUUGCUCACAAAACAGCGAUUGUCCUAACGGAAAGGUGUGUUGUGUGGAUGGAUGCAUAAAGCAAUGUCUGACACCGAUAGUCAGCGGUGAUGAGGAAAUGAAGAACAAAAAAAUCUGUACAAUUCUUCACCUGUUGGCUUCGCAUACUGAUCAGGCAUUGAAAAAUCAACAAAUGCAAAGACAUUCUAUAAAAUUUAUAGUACAAAUUCCCCGCGACAUGGCAAACGUCAAGUUUGUUUUUCUUUUACUACUGGCGACUAAGUUUGUCAUCAGCACUCAGGCAUUUGCAGUGUUUUCCAAAAUUCAUCGUUUGCGAUGUAUGUUCAAACGUUGUCCACCAAACACAAGAUGUAUUUUAGUUAACAAUACAGCCGCUUGCUCGUGUCCCAAGUCUUGUGAUAGGCGAUAUUCUCCAGUUUGUGGCAACAACUGGAAAACUUACAAUAACUACUGCCAACUAGUUGAACAGUCAUGCAAGGACAAAAGCAGAAGACUCAGAUUGUUAUACUACGGAACUUGUGCAGCAGGCAGUUGCAGGCGAACUCGUUGGAGUCAUAUGGUUUGCCCAUAUUACAGUGUUUGCCAAUUAAAUAACGGCCUGCCUCGGUGUGUGUGCCCUGCAUAUUGUACAGGCAAAUAUAAACCAGUUUGUGGCUCUGAUAGAAGGACCUACAGGAACCUCUGUGAACUAAAAAGGAUUGCUUGCAGAAAAAGAAGGAUAAUUUUAGCAGAACACAAAGGAAAUUGUCGACCAGAUCCUUGCGCUAAAAAAGAAUGUUGCUGUGGUGGUGAAUGUCGCUUGAACGAGAAAAAUGAAGCUGUUUGUACCUGCAAUUUUGGUUGCAUCUUACUCUUUGAUCCAGUUUGUGGAUCAGAUGGACGAACAUACGGGAAUGCUUGUGGCCUGCGCAGUGCAGCCUGCGCACGACAAGACCCAACGCUCAGGGUCGUUAGCAGAGGAGCAUGUUUGGCAACUAGAAAUACAACGAUCACUACUACGAUCACUACCACACCGAGUCCAUGUGAGAACAAAACGUGUGAUUUCUUCGCAAAAUGUGAGGUGAUAAAUGGUACAGCGACUUGUGUGUGUCCUUCUUCGUGUUCUUCAAACACUAGUGCUGUUUGUGGAUCAAAUGGUGUUACCUACAACAAUCUUUGUGAGUUGCAACGAGACAGUUGCAACAAACAGCAAACGAUUAACGUUACCAAGUUUUUUUCAUGUUCUUGCCCCAUUCCCAGAAUGUGUUUGGUGUUCUGUGACAGGGAGGACUGUGCAAGAAGGGGACAGCUUUGUUGUUGUCAAGGAUGUGGGCUAGUUUGCACAACACCGAUUAUCCGAUUGGGUCGUUCCGUUUGUCCUCCGGCCAACAAUACUUGCUCACGAGACAGCGAUUGUCCUAACGGAAAAGCUUGUUGCCUAACUGGAUGCAUAAGAUCAUGUUUCACGCCAAUAGUCAGUGGUGAUGAGGAAAUAAAUAAUUACUAAUUGAUGUUACAAUGAAACGAUACUGACUUUUAUUCUUGUUUCUUGUGUUUAUCUUUACAAAACAAUUUUUGUUAACUACAAUUGUUGACAUUCUCUUACAGAUCUGCAUUAAAUAAUGUAUUAGACUA